CUGUACUUAAAGGGAAAGACCAGAUCUUGCAUAAGGGACCCUGUGUCUGUCCUUGCUGGCUGGCUGAGGAAGGGUGCCAUGGGACCGCUCCAGAUGCUUCUCCUGCUGUGGGUCGCAGAGCUGUCCCAAGCCCACAACACCACAGUGCUGCAGGGUGUGGUUGGCCAGUCCCUGCAGGUCUCCUGCUCCUAUGACUCCGUGAAACACUGGGGGCGGCGCAAGGCCUGGUGCCGCCAGCUGGGUGCAGAAGGCCCGUGCCAGCGUGUGGUGAGCACACACAACUUGUGGCUGCUGGCCUUUCUGAAGAAGCGGAAUGGGAGCACAGUCAUCGCUGACGACGCCCUGGCUGGAACUCUCAGGGUCACACUGCGGAACCUCCAAGCUGGUGAUGCGGGCCUCUAUCAGUGCCAGAGCCUCCGAGGUCGGGAGGCUGACACCCUCCAGAAGGUCCUGGUGGAGGUGCUGGCAGACCCCCUGGAUGAUCAGGAUGUUGGAGACCUCUGGAUCCCUGAGGAAUCGGAGAACUUUGAGGAUGUCUAUGUGGAACACAGCAUCUCUAGAUUGCAGACUGUAGGUCUCUUUAAAGCUACCAUCUGCCCCCUCUCUCCAAGGAGCCACUCAGGAGAGAUCCCCUUUCCACACACUUCCAUUCUCCUCCUCCUGGCCUGUGUCGUCCUUACCAAGCUUCUUGUAGCCUGUGUCCUCUGGGCUGUGGCCAGGCGUGGGCAGAAGCCGGGGAAACCUGCAGCCAGUGCAUUGGACUGUGACCAUGAUCCUGGGCACCAGCUUCAGACCCUGACGGGACCCCGAGACACAUGAGGACUCCAGGUGGGAGAAGGAACCUAGGCAAAGUCCACCCCUGCCUGCAUGCUCUUCCCUUCGUUACCAAGGCUUCUGGGUCUGCGCCUAGUGAGAAGCCACUCUGCCUGCAGUCUGCCUUUCCUGGAAACAGAAAGGGGCAAAAGUAGCCAGAAGGCCAUUUAUCAUCUUCUGGGCUUUGGACAUUAAACAUUCUC